AUGCUGAAGUGUAUUCUCGGCCUCGCUUUGGCGGGUGCCAGUUUGUCUGUCCCUCUGGAGGACCGUCAGGSCAAUGCGCCCACUGCCACGAUCGAUAAUGGAGUCGUGGUGGGCACGACUUCCGGAGGCAUCGACUCGUUUUCGGGAAUUCCUUUUGCUCAACCUCCUGUCGGCGACCUUCGUCUUCGGGCUCCGCGAGCGUACUCUGCUCCAUUCCCGGGUGGUACAUAUGCAGCCACCAAGGCUGCUCCAGCUUGCAGGCAAUUCCUUUCCCAGGUCGACAACAUUUCAUUGGGCAACCUUCUCGGAAGCGUAGUGGAUGACGUUCUGGGAGAGGUAUUGAAUUCCCCACUCGGGCAAGCCGCGACAAACUCACAAGAGGACUGCCUGUACAUUACAGUUCAGCGUCCUGCGAACACGACAGCCGAGGACAAGCUCCCCGUCCUUUUCUGGAUCUACGGAGGUGGUUUCGUGUUUGGAUCGAGCGCCAGUUACGAUGGUUCAAAUUUCAUCAAGACCAGUGUGGAACUUGGCCAGCCCAUAAUCUACGUGGCCGUCAACUACAGACUUGGAGGCUAUGGCUUUUUACACGGCAAGGAGCUGGCUGCUGAAGGCGCCACCAAUCUGGUGGCCGAUAACAUCGCCAAGUUUGGUGGAGAUCCCAGCAAGGUCACCAUCUGGGGAGAGAGUGCAGGAGCUCUAUCGGUUGCUGACCAGACUCUGAUUAAUGGUGGUGAUCACACGUACAAAGGGAAACCGCUGUUCAGGGCCGGAAUCAUGAACAGUGGUUCAAUCGUCCCCGCAACGGAUUCAAGCACGCCCAAGCCCCAAGCAAUUUUCGAUCGUGUUGUUGAGGCCGGAGGAUGCUCGGCCGCGAGCGACAAGCUGGCGUGCCUGCGGGCUCUCAGCGGAGACGACUUCCAAAGAGCUGCCACUUCUGUUCCCGGGAUCUUUAGCUACGACUCGAUCAACCUGUCGUACCUUCCUCGUCCGGAUGCAAGCAGUAACUUCUUCCCCGAGUCGCCGGGUGAAGCUGUUCUCGGUGGCCGAUUCGCCAAAGUACCAGUCAUUGUUGGCGAUCAAGAAGACGAGGGAACUCUUUUCUCGCUGGUUCAGAGCAACACCACGACCAACCAACAACUGAUCGACUACUUCACGAGCUUCUUCCCGUCGAACCCGAAUGCUCGAGCGGACGUUACCGGUUUGGCAGAUUUAUAUCCCAACCGACCACUCAUCGGGCAGCCAGACGGAUCGCCUUUCCGGACCGGUGCAUUGAACAAUAUCUACCCACAGUUCAAGCGUGUGGCUGCCAUUCUGGGAGACAUUACGUUUACCCUGACGAGACGUGCUUAUCUUGAUAUUGUCACUAGCCAAGGAGUCAAAGCCUGGUCUUUCCUCGCAACUUUCGCCUACGGACUCCCCAUCCUAGGAACAUUCCACGGUCUCGACGCCAUCAUAGCGUUCGGAGACUCGGCUUCAAGCCUCCAGACCAACACAUACCAGCGAUACUACAUCUCAUUCAUCACUCAGCUCGACCCUAAUGCGUUGGGCAAUGCAGCUCCGCUGGUCAACUGGCCACAAUGGACCAAUAGCACCACACAACUCCUGGAAAUCGGUGCGAAGGAGAAUGGUCUUACGCCGGAUACUUUCCGCAGCGAGGCGUACAAUUAUUUGAGGUCGAGGAUUACGAACUUCAAGGUGUAG